AAGUAUUAGCAACGGACAUAAUGCAGCUCUCGGCUAUGAAUAUAGUGGUUUUCUUGGCCCUUUUGGGUUUGUCAGUGGCCAUGCCUGCCACACGCAUAGAAACUGAUCCUGAAUUAACAGCCGGCUACGUGGAAGGAGACAUGGUUUUGGAUACAAAUUUACGUAAUGGUUUACGCAAAGAGGUCUACAGAUGGCCCAAUAGUACUGUGUACUAUAAAUUCUUUACACAAUUUGACGAACCCCAUAAAAAUCACAUUUUACGCGGCAUGCAAAUCUUGGAAAGUAUCUCCUGCAUACGCUUCAAGGAAGCCACCGAUGACAUUAAAUCUUUCGUUAAUAUCACUGGUUUCAAUGGUGGCUGCUACUCCAGUGUGGGUUAUCUUAAUCAGGGAGCUCAAACUUAUAAUUUGGAAGUGUACAACCUCGAUGCUGGUUGCUUCCGUUUGGGUACAAUUGUCCAUGAAUUCUUGCACACCUUGGGCUUUUAUCACAUGCAAAGUGCUGCCGAUCGUGAUGAAUAUGUUCGCAUUGCCGAGGAAAACAUUAAACCAGGCACCAUUCACAAUUUCAAUAAGUACAAUCAAACCACUGUUGAUGACUUCGAUCAGGAAUACGAUUAUGGCAGUGUUUUGCAUUAUUCCGCUUAUGCUUUCUCGGCCAAUGGUGAAAUGACCAUCAUUCCUUUGAAGGAGGAGGAAGCUUCAGGUAUUAUGGGUCAACGUCGUGGUAUGAGCAAGAGUGAUAUUAACAAAUUGAAUGUGAUGUAUCGUUGUCCAGUGCAAGUUUAAGAUUUUAACAUGCUUGUUUUUUUUAAAUAAAUAAUAAAAUGAGUUUUA